AGAGAAAUGCUUGCUCUUGCUCUUAUAACAGACGUUCAUUUUUAAUUCAUUGAUUAUUCUUAUCAUGCAUUGCUAAUACCCAUAUACAAUCUUUACCUUUGCAUCAUUAUCCCACCCAUAAAUAUACAUACCAGUACAUACACACGGACAAGGCAAAAAACACCAACAUCAUGACAAACACCAACCUCCGCGGCUUCAACCUAGCCGUACAAACCCUCCUCAAAAACCCACCCCAAUUCCUCCCCCACCUCACCGUUCCAACCUUCACUCACCUCCCCGAAAACCUCGGACCCCAUCUCACCACCACCACCGCGCAAUCAGGCAGGAAAAGUCCCACCAUCCGCGCCCUCGUCCUCGAUAAAGACAACACCCUCUGCCCGCCAAAAACGACCGACUUCCCGCCGCAGAUUAUCGAGAAGCUGCGUGCGCUGCGCACGUCGCGCACCUCCCUGUUUAACCAGGAGACGGCACCGGAUGCGAUUUUGAUUGUGUCGAAUCGGGCGGGGAGUCAUCCACGGUUUGAGGCGGAGGCGGUUGAGAUUGAGGGGCGGUUGGCGGAGUUUAAGAUUCCGGUGUUUCGGCUGCCUGAGGGGACGGAGAAGAAGCCGUUUUGUGGGAAGGAGGUUAUUUCUUGGUUUCGGGAGAGGGGGGUCGUGACGAGACCGGAUGAGAUUGCUGUUGUUGGGGAUCGGUUGGGGACUGAUGUCUUGAUGGCUGCGGCUAUGGGGUCAUGGAGUGUAUGGUGUCGAGAUGGGGUGUAUGAGGGUGUUGAUCCGAAGAAAGGGAGACCGGAUAUGAAUAUCCUCGAGAAGAUGGAGAUGUGGGUGGAAAGAUAUCUCAGGGAGUCCAAGGGAUUCAAAGCGCCGUCACCCAAGAGGUGGGAUUCCCAAUAAUUUGUACGAUAGUUGAUACCCGUGUACAUUAGAUCUUAUAAUCAGUCCAUCAUACUAUGAUCUGUAAAUUUUGACAGUAGAAAAUGAAUCUUGAUUCUGCUAAGUUUAUAUACUGCCUACCAGUCGUUCAUUGAUCAACUGCAACUGUACCAUCCAAGGCAGAGCCCACGUAGAGGAUAUCUCAACUCCACCGAGAACCAGCCAUGGAAAAGGCACUGGUACAGCAGAUGUCAACCAGAAGA